AUGGGCUCUGUGUCAAACCAGCAAUUCGCAGGUGGCUGCGCCAAGGCGCCGGAGGAGGCGCCGGAGGACGCGGCCCGCGCGGCGGAGGAGCCGCAGCUGCUGCACGGUGCCGGCAUCUGUAAGUGGUUCAACGUGCGCAUGGGGUUCGGCUUCCUGUCCAUGACCGCCCGCGCAGGGGUCGCGCUCGACCCCCCGGUGGAUGUCUUUGUGCACCAGAGUAAGCUGCACAUGGAGGGCUUCCGGAGCCUGAAGGAGGGUGAAGCUGUGGAGUUCACCUUUAAGAAGUCCGCCAAGGGCCUGGAAUCUAUCCGAGUCACCGGCCCUGGUGGGGUGUUCUGUAUUGGGAGUGAAAGGCGACCCAAAGGGAAGAAUAUGCAGAAACGCAGAUCAAAGGGAGACAGGUGCUACAACUGUGGAGGUCUAGACCAUCAUGCCAAGGAAUGCAAACUGCCACCCCAGCCAAAGAAGUGCCAUUUCUGCCAGAGCAUCAACCAUAUGGUAGCCUCGUGCCCACUGAAAGCCCAGCAAGCUCCCAGCUCCCAGGGAAAGCCAGCCUACUUUCGGGAGGAGGAAGAAGAGAUCCAUAGCUCUGCCAUGCUCCCAGAGGCUCAGAAUUGA